UGAUGAAGUUUCCGAAAAGUUUCCGGGUCACGUGCUUCUCCUGUUGCGCUCCCUUUCUCUCAAGUAUAAAGCUGCUGGGAGUGUCGUCUCUUCUGUACUUCUAUCAAAUUACUCGGGUCGUGGUAUUUUGCCUUAGCUAUCAAAAUGUCUCUUCAAAGUAAAUCUCAAAAUGAGAUCGCCGCUUGGCUAAAGAAGUGGCACGAAGGAGCAGACUCACUUACGUCGGACUACCAUCAUAUGUUCUUCACCAAAGAUGCAAAACUCACAUAUGCCAACAACGAGACUCUAGUCGGACGAGACAAGAUCAUCGAGUUCUUCUCUCAAGUCUUCCCCCUUCUGCAAUCCAUGCAUCACUCAACCCGCUCCUUCACCAUCCCUGCCGACAAGAACCAAAUCUUCCUCCGCGAUACUAUCAGCUAUGUCGUGAAAGGUGAUCCUGAAGCUAAAGAAAUCACGAUCCCUGCUUUGGGAGCGUUUUUCUUGGUUGAUGAUGCCGGGGACAGGAUUGGGAAGGUGGAUCUGAAGGAGAGUGAUAAGGAAAAGACGGAGGAGGGGGCGGUGAUUGAGAGAUUGGAGGUUUAUUUGGAUGCUAGUGAGGUCUUUGCGAGGAUUGUGGGGGUUAGGGAUGGGACUUUGUGAAAAAUAUGUGCGAAGAGCUGGAUGAAGGCGAUAAGAGAUGGUUCGUGAAUCAGGCUGAGGUUAUCAUUCUUCGACAAGUUUGAGAAAUGUUUCUCGGAUACUUGAUUUCAUCUCGUUCUCU